CUGACACACAUGUGCGGUUUUCUUCUGCAGCUCGUACAAACCCGUAACACCUGAAACCUGUGACAUUUCUGAGAAACAGAUCUGGGUGAAGUGAAGGCAACGCUCUCUUUUUCUCACACACAUAUUAUUGAACCUGAACUACACACUGGAGAACACACAGUGGACUUCAUGGGGCGGAUUUCAGCACACGGAUAUAUUGUCAUGUUGCUUAUGUUCUUUUUAACUUUGAGCCAAGGGUCAGAAUGUAACGCUCCUUCAAGUCCUCAGUGCUUUCGAAGAAACAUUGCGGAGUCCGUUUACAAGUGCGAAUGGCACUCGAACGCAACUCAGCGUGAUGUGACGUACGACCUCUACUUCAACUUCAGUGCCAAAAGGCUCGGCCGCUUCAGGGAGACGCACGCUUGGGUUGCUGAUGAGCAGCUCAUCAAAUAUAAGCCGGUUGACGUUUGGGUGGAAGCGCGUGAAGGAGACUCCAAGUGCUCCUCGAACAAGACUUCGGUUUUACUCAGCGAAACAGUUAAAUUCGAAGCACCGAACAUGUCUAUUUCCUGGACACAAAACCACCUCAGGAUGACCUGGAUCGCUGCGGAGAAACAUCCUGCCAUGGCGGAGGUCUGGUUUCGAAAAGCUGAGAGUCAGUCUUGGGAAAAAAGACGGAACCUCACAGAAUUCACACAGGGGAACAAUUUGAUGUACCAGUUAGUUAUUGAUAACAUCCAGAAGCAAACAUCCUACCAGAUUCAGCUCCGACAUCAAACCACAGUGGCCCGCAACCCACUGUGGAGCGACUGGUCUCCACUUGUGACGGUUCCUGCAGAACUUGAACAUAAAAUGGAUGUCAACGUGACUCUGGAAGCUUUAGAAGGUUUUCGGAAGGUCAAACUGCUGUGGAAGCCAGUGCGCCAUGCCUCCUCCGCAGCAGCAGUGUCGGGAGUGACCUACAUCCUGAAUGACCAGCAGUCUUCCCGAGGUUGUCCUUGUAAGACGAAACCACGUUCCAUCCGGGACACGGAAUCCACAACAUACGUGUCCUACGCUCCUGUUAGCAUCUCCGUCGUAGCCAGAAAUGCUGCUAGCUCUUCUCCUGAAGCCGUCAUACAGAUUCCGGCGCACGCGGCGACCGAUUUAAAACCUUGUGAUAAAAUAUUACUGAACGAAAAAGUGAAAAAGUUCACCUGCCUCGAAUGGUACGAGAUUCAAGAUGGAGACUCGAGGCCACAAAAUGUCCGCACGUUGACAGCCAGGAUGACUAAAAAAGAGAGGACGCUUAUUAGAAACAGCACCGAGGACUACGUAGGUUACCUUUACUACGAACAUCUGUGCGUCAACAAGCGACCGAAAACAGUUAAAAUGUGUCUUUUUUAUCAAAAUGAAAACGUUCCAAAAAUAGCUCCCCGGAACUUGUUUGUUUUUAAUCAAACACACAAUUCUGCAACACUGUCUUGGAAAGCUAUUCCCAGCACGGAGCGGAGAGGUUUCCUAACACAUUACAACUUGUGUAGUGUGAAUAUCAAUACUCAGAAUGAGCAGAAACAAUGUCACAGAAUACCAGCAUCUUUAGUUACAUACCGUCUGGAAAAGUUGAAUCCGGCGAUGAAGUACAACAUCAGUGUCGCUGGCGUGACGACAGCAGGGGAAGGUCCAAAGGCCACAGUAACUAUCAACACACUGCCAUUGAAUUCUAUGAACGAAUGGUUGAAACUUGGCUUGGUGUCGGCGUUCCUGUUCAUUCUACUUUUAGUAGUGUGUACAUGCAUCUGUAAAAGAAUGAAAAAGAAUAUAUUUCCUCCAGUUCCGGAGCCCUCUAUUUUAGACUUUGCUUCUAGUAAAGCAGUGACUCAGGAAUGGAUGCAGGAGGCCAAGGAGGAGGUAGAACAUGACUUCACACUCCAGUUCCUCCAUCCAAAGGAUGAGACCCCGGCUGGGGAUUCAGACGAGACGGCCACGGACAUUGAGACCAAUGAUGAUGCCCUGAUCCCUUCACCAUCACAAACCCUGAGGGAUGCCAAAGAGGAAAUGCCAAAUCAUGAACAAGAUUUGCUUGCUUUGUUGUUAUACAGAAAGGGUUUGGUUUUUGACAUGAAGACCGACUCGGGUUAAAUACAUUUAAAGUACUGUGACAUCAUAUAUAUGAUACUUUAUAUCAUAUCAUAUCAUAAAGGCAUAUCAUAUCAUGUGUAUUAUUAUUUCAACAACAAACUCUUACCACAGAAAAGUGUGAUAGUAAUCCCUCGUUUAUCGCAAUUGAGUAGGAUUACUUAUUUAUAAAUGGAAUAUUUUCAUUGUUCAAGCAUAGAAAACCUGUUUCAAACCUUCUAAAUACUAUUUUUUAACAUGAUUUGAGCCCUCUAGACAUGAAAUAACACCCCUAUAGUCACCUCAUUCAUUCAUUCAUUCAUUCAUUUUCUACCGCUUUUUCCUCACGAGAGUCGCGGAGGUGCUGGAGCCUAUCCCAGUCCAGGUGAUCCAAAUUGUUCUUUCCAUGAUCCAAAUUGUUCUUCCCAUGAUCCAAGUUGUUCUUUACAUGAUCCAAAUUGUUCUUUACAUGAUCCAAAUUGUUCUUUACGUGAUCCAAAUUGUUCUUUACGUGAUCCAAAUUGUUCUUUCCAUGAUCCAAAUUGCUGUUUACAUGAUCCAAAUUGUUCUUCCCAUGAUCCAAAUUGGUCUUUCCGUGAUCCAAAUUGUUCUUUCCGUUAUCCAAAUUGUUGUUUACA